AUGGAAAGAGUGAAUAAGAUGGUUUCAGAGAGACCAAUGGUGAUAUUCAGCAAGAGUUCAUGUUGCAUGAGUCAUACAAUAAAGACACUUUUUUGUGACUUUGGUGUGAAUCCAGCAGUUUAUGAACUUGAUGAGAUAUCAAGAGGAAGAGAGAUUGAACAAGCACUUUCAAGACUUGGUUCUUCUCCAUCUGUUUUCAUUGGUGGUGAACUUGUUGGUGGAGCCAAUCAAGAGCGGCGGCACAAGGAGACAUCUUCAUUUCAUCUUUCAUUAAGUUUGAUGACGAUUACAUUGGAUGAUGUCUCAUCGCUUUUCCAUAUUUCGAUGCCAGGUAAUUUAUUCACCGCUCAUAUCAUUAGUCAGGAGACCACACAUUUGAUUUUUGUAGAGUACUUGAGGGUUAUAGUGGAAAGUGUGAUUAAGGUGUUUAUUUUUAUGAGAGGUGCUCACUUUCUCCUAUCUUGGCUACGAGAUAGGUACGGCGAGCUAGUAGGUCAUGGUAUGUUUGAGGAAGCCUUUAGGGUAUACAUGUUACAUCUUGUAGGAUGUACAUUCUUAGCUGAUAAGUCUCACGUAUACAUUAAUGCGAAGUACAUGUGGCUGUUUAAUAGACUUGAGCAUUGCAGUUGGGCAUGUGGGUGUGCUGCGUUGACGAUUCUAUAUGGUGCCCUUGGGGAGGCGACUGUUUUUGAGACCAGACAACUUGUCGAUUAUAUGAGUCUAUUUUAG